AUGUACGUCAUAGCUACUGGACCUCACUCUCAAGCUAUCAAAGCCAAUGGCUUUGUAUUUCUCUCUGCACAGAUUCCUGCUGAUAGAGAAGGCAAGUUGAUCAGUGGAGGUGUCAAAGCACAAGCAGAAAAGAUGAUUGAGAACACGAAGAUGGUGUUGGAAGAGGCGGGGAGUGGAUUGGAAGGCGUUGUUAAAGUUAAUUUGUCGGUCAAGGAUUUCCAUAUGGUGGAGGAGAUUGAUGAGGUUUUUGGAAAGAGGUUCUUUCAGAAGCCUGCGAGAACUGUGCAACAGGUUGUGUUUAUGGAGAAAGGGGCGGAUAUGAUGAUGGAUUGUGUUGCUGUGGUUAACAAGGAGUAG